UUGUAUGGCAAUGUUUGGGCAAAACUCCAACGGGCAUUUGCAAUAUGGAGUGGCUUUGGAAUGACUCUCACGGGAGUACAUACGUGUGGAGAUUACAUGUUCAGCGGCCACACUGUUGUCCUGACCAUGCUCAACUUCUUUGUCACAGAAUAUACGCCAAGGAGCUGGAACUUCUUGCACACCUUGUCCUGGGUCCUGAAUCUCUUUGGAAUCUUCUUCAUUUUGGCUGCACAUGAACAUUAUUCUAUAGAUGUCUUUAUUGCCUUUUACAUCACUACAAGACUCUUUUUGUAUUACCAUACAUUGGCUAAUACUAGAGCAUAUCAGCAGAGUAGGAGAGCAAGAAUUUGGUUUCCCAUGUUUUCUUUUUUUGAAUGCAAUGUUAAUGGUACUGUUCCCAAUGAGUAUUGCUGGCCCUUUUCAAAACCUACUAUACUGAAAAGGUUGAUUGGCUGA